AUGUUGGAGCUGGACGGCAGAACACUGACGUUCGAGCAGUUUCGUGAGUCUUGUCUCAAGCCAAACUUCCCUGCCAUUGUUCGGCAUGCCGUGCCGGAACGCGAGGGGGAGGAAGAGGUUGGACACCAAUCGUCGUCAUUCUUCACAUCGCUGACACGCUUGAGGUCACGGCUGGCGCCUGCCGGCUUGGUUCACACGUUCGGUGCCCAUCACCGUGUGCCAACGAUGGAAACUAGCACGGAUUCCUCAGCGGAUGAUUCAGACGGCGAGUACAUGAAGUGUCGCAGCAGAACUCUGGCCGAGGUUAUGGAGUGCUGGUCCUGCAGUGACAGGACGCUGUAUUUGAAGGACUGGCACAUGCAGUCGGACGCGGAGUUCGCCGCGAGACAAAAGAGAUGUACUGAAGUUGAUAUAAAAGAAAAAACGGACAGAGGUGAACGCAUUCUGCAUGGCGACGGCCUUUAUGCUGUCCCCGAGUACUUGGGGGAUGACUGGAUGGAUGAGUUUUGUCGCGGACCGGAGGACGAUGAGGUCACAUAUCACCGCUUUGGGGACGAAAGAAGCGACUACCGCUUUGCUUACAUUGGGUCACCUGCCACCUGGACGCCCUUGCACUUCGACGUGUUUGGAACGUAUUCAUGGUCACUGAAUGUGUGUGGGGAAAAGCUGUGGUUCUUCCCGUCACCCGAGGGCAACCGGCACCUGCUGAAGAAUGGGUUGUACGGUGUUGCACUGCCCACUGACAUUCGCACAACCACAGGUGUUGAGUUGUGGACAGUACUGCAGCGUCCAGGGGACCUUGUAUUUGUUCCUAGCGAAUACCUCCAUCAGGUGCAUAACCUGAGUGGGCCGCGGUUCUCCUUGCCUCGCACAGGUGUGCCCACCGGAAGCAUAGCGACAGGCCGAGAAGAUGGUGCACUCCUUGCAGAAAACGAAUGUGUUGAAUUAGUAAUCGCAAUUAAUCACAACUGGUGCAACGAGUGGUGUGUGGAAGGGAUGGUAGAUGCGUUUUGCAGGGAUGCCAAUCGUAUACAACAGCUACUCACAGUGGAAGACCGUGUGGCACUCUUCGGUGACGAUCUCGCUGCAUGGUACGAGCACGUGGAGCGUAUGCUUGUUGGUGGGACGAAUUGGAACUUCGCCUGCAUUCGCAGCUUUCUCAAGCACAGAAUUCGGUGCGCUGGUGGUAAUGCUGCAGAAGGGGAGCCCCUCCGUUGCCUCCUCGAGAGGUGUCUUGAGCGAAUUGCUGCCGUAGAGCUGUGUGUCCUUUACCCCGGCGAGAAGUGA